GUGACUAUGCAGAGAGGUAUGAAUGAAUCGGAUGUAUGAUUUUUGGACGUUGCAAUGGAGGAUGCAAGAGACGACAGUACGUUUAAGGGGUUUGUUGACAAACUCACCCUCGGUAUUACCCGGGUCUUAGAGAGUCUUCCGGGUGUGCUGGACGUACGAUUCGCAGAGAAAGCCCCAGCAGAGAAACGACACCUUCUCUCCUGGGAGCAGAAAAACAACUGUGCUUUGCCUGAGGAUCUGAAAGAUUUCUAUCUAACAACAGAUGGAUUUACACUUACCUGGAGCUCCAAGAUGGAAAAUGAAGUGGUCUCAGUAGGUUGCAUGAUGGUCAACAGUGUUGCUCAGCUUCGCCCUCUGCUGCAGUCGAAUGUAUAUUCCCUACCCAAUGCACCUACUUUAGCUGAUCUCGACUUUGAUAAUAAUGAGGAUGAAUCUGAUGGUCCAGAAAAGCCUCACUUUGAUUUUCACAGUCGAAUCUUUGAGCUGGAUUCCUGCAACGGUAAUGGUAAAGUCUGCCUGGUUUACAAGAACUGCACUCAAGGUGUAAUGGCCCAGCAGUGUGAGGUGUGGUUUUUGGACCGUUCUCUUUUCUGGCAUUAUCUUACCUCUUCCUUUACUGCUUACUACCGGCUAAUGAUAACAUAUUUUGGGCUUCCUGAAUGGCAGUAUAAUUUCACUCCAUAUGGCCUUAGUCCACAAGCUAAGCAAUGGGCCGCUCUCUACCAACCCCUGACCUUCCAUACUGACCCUCAUGCAGAUGCAUCCUGCGAUUCUGUACUAAACAAGCUGGACCCGACCAAAGCGUUCCGCGGCAAACCCAAACCACCCACCCCCAAGAAGAAACAGCCGGCACAGGUUUCAGCAUCUAAAGGACAGGCGGUCUCAGGAAGGCACAGCGUGAUUAAACGAUGACUUUGCCAUAGUGUCAAAAGCCCAUGGAAUGUUUCUCAUAUGGACUGAAUGGCUGUGCCCUUGAUAUUUAUUUAAGAUCCGACACUGGCAGUCCUGAGUCCUGAUUCUUCAAUAGCUUAUUCCUUUAUAGCUCAAAAACCUUAGCCUUGCAUUCAAUGAGAAUGUUGACCUGAGAAAAUCGCCUUCAUUUCUCAUGACAGGCCUGGAAACAGUCUAACUGGCCUUAUCGGAAAUGGCACUUUCUUUUCAUGACCCCUAUAACAUUCUUGGUCCUUAAACUGAUC